UAAAAACAAACAAACUCUUGCAAUUAAAAACCUUUCCUUUUCAUCUUCUUCAACCUCAAGCUCGCUCCAAUUGGGAUCCUCUGUGAGAGUGACCACAAUCAGUCAAUUACUACCAUACAGCCAAUGCUAAACCUUCUAAUACGACGUCGUCAAACCCCACCAACCCAAUUCUUCAGCUUUUCAUACUCCUUUUUCUCUUCUGUCUCCUCCGACCCCGACGACGAUCCUCCUUUCUCUCUCAUCCCAAAACCCCAAAUUCAGAAGAAGACAGAGAAACAACCCCAUAAAAAUCCCCAAAAUGUCCCUAAUUUUCCGGUUAAUUCCGACCUUCCCUUCGAUUUCCGGCACUCCUACUCCGAGUCCGACCCGUCGGUUGAACCCAUCGGGUUCCGUGAACCGCCACGGUUUUCUCCGUUUGGUCCUGGUCGGCUAGACCGAAAAUGGACAGGGACGAAUGCUCCAGCUCAGGGGGAGGUAGAGGAGAGGGAAAGGUGGGAGGUGGAGAGAAUAAGAGUUCUAGGUGAGCCGCUCACGGAGGAAGAGGUUGCUGAGCUUGUUGAGAAGUAUCGUCACAAUGAUUGUGGUCGCCAGAUUAAUAUCGGGAAGGACGGAGUUACACAUAACAUGUUGGAUGACAUUCACAACCAUUGGCGGAGAGCUGAGGCUGUGAGGAUUAAAUGCUUGGGAAUACCGACUCUUGAUAUGGACAAUGUUUGUUUCCACCUUGAGGAUAAAUCAGGUGGAAAGGUUAUCUAUCGCCACCUUAAUGUUCUACUGUUAUAUCGGGGUAGGAACUAUGAUCCUAAAAACAGACCUGUGAUUCCUUUAAUGCUUUGGAAGCCUCGUGCUCCAAUAUAUCCGAAGCUUGUGAAGAAUGUUGCUGAUGGUUUGACUUUCGAAGAAACCAAAGAAUUGAGGAACAAGGGGCUUAAUUCUCUUUCGCUGAUGAAACUCACCAGGAAUGGCGUGUAUGUGAAUGUGGUGCAAAGAGUGCGGGAUGCCUUCGAUACUGAAGAGGUGGUGAGACUGGAUUGUACGUAUGUUGGAACCAGCGACUGCAAAAGGAUUGGUGUGAAGCUAAAGGAUCUGGUACCAUGUAUCCCAAUUUUGUUCAAGGAUGAGCAAAUAAUUCUUUGGAGGGGGAAAGAGAGACCAAGAUAGUCACUCAAGCUUGGUGUUAAACUGAAGUACAAAAGUUUGUGGACAUGAAUUAGAGCCCCUCUGUUUUUACACUUGUUGGCUUCAGGUUUGUCAGAGAUUUACUCAUUGAUCUUCUUCAUCACUCUUUCUUACAUGUUGAAUGGGAAGAUUGUUUCACCCAAUAAGGAAGUUCUGUAUUCAUGAAGAUGCGAAUCUGGGCUGCUGGACCAACAUUGUACGUUCUUGUAUGGGAAGGUGUGGAUGGCAAUGUCCUACCCCAUUGAUGCUCCUAAUUUUAGCAGUGCUUGAUUCAGAAAAUGAUGAUCAGGUCAACUCCAUCUGAAGUUUGAUGAAAAUAAUGACACAAGAAUAGCUAUGGCAAAAUUGGCAAUGCACAAGUUUAUGGGUAGCCUUUCCUUUCCCUUUGUCCGGAGAUCAAUAGUGAUUCUCUGCCUUACUCUACAGUCUGUAGUCAUGUUGAUCUACAAAGUAAAGAAAUUUUAAGGGAAAUUUGUUAAAAUUGACCUUUUAUAACCCAAAUUUUGCGAGAAAGGAUCUUAUAUAAUUUUUUUUGCGAAAUCACACCUUAAUGUAAUUUUUUUUGCGAGAAAGGACCUUAUAUAAUUUGUUUUUUGUGAAA